GUCCUACUGGUCUUCAAGAUGUCCAGUGUAGGUAUAAUCAGUACGGUCUCCAGCAUCUCUAUUCUACCCAUUCUCCAAGCUGUCUUCACACAUCCCGCUCCAAUUUCGAACAUGGCAUUCAGCGACAACACUGAGGAUUCUCUACCAUCCUUUAACAUCCAGCUCGCUCCAGACGAUGGCGAAGGAGGCUUCCACUUCGACGCACGCAACAACCCAGCCCGUCCCUUCCAGCGCGAGACUAUCCACGACGACCGCCGCGGGGUGAGCGUCAAAUGCUCACUCGUGGACGUCGCACACGGAAAAUACUCGCCAGAGAGCCAAAGCGAAGACGCCAGCCUCGUCGUGUUUGGGUUCCGGUUCGACCGCGGUUCCAACGGCAGCGGGCAUAUCAAGGCGGCUACGAUCACGGUUACCUUUCUGGGAGAGUACGAUGAUGAGGACCACCCCGGUGUGAUGGACCAUUCGUUUAAUGGGACAUAUCGUCUGCUUGAGACGACGCAGACGGAGUCUGUUACACGGGGCACGGGUGGGAGUGUCUCCGGGAGUGUGCUGAACGCGGCUCAAGUUACCCUGGACAGGAAGUACGAGAAGGUGGUGACGCGCCAGACGUCGGAUGCUACGUACAUUAGCGGGUCGUCAUGCAUGCUUGGAGUUGAUUAUGAUCCGGAUAAUGCGGUGCAGUGGAAGCUGAGGGAGAAUGAGACGAUGGGGACGGGGGUGCCGGUGUAUCUGCGCGUAGGUGUGCUGCUGCAGCGGCCCGCGCAGGCGAAGUUCCGGUGCACCGUGGAGAUUAAUACCGAUGUGGACUUGAAGUCUAAGAUCAAGCGAUUCCUUGGAGAGAAGCCCAGAGACGAUCCGGUGAUUUUCCAUCCCGGAAUGAAGGCCACGAACAGGCUGAGGGAGUACAACGUGCUGAACUUGGGGGGUGGUGGUGAUCUCGCAGAAGUGGACGAUGUUACCUUUACCACGGUCAUCUCCGGGGCUAUCAAGCAUGUAGACGUCGAUCGGAAGUAGAGGAAGUAGUAUCGAUGGAGUUGAAGUUAUUGGUGAAGUUCUUGGCCCCUCGUGGAGGAGUUCUUUCCAUGCCAGCGCACGAAGCUCUGCUUAAAGCAAACAAACACCUUUUCCUUCAGACCAUAAUUGGCUAUACAAGGAAGAUCAGCUAGGGGCGCAGCGAGGGUGGCUUGCAGGCUCAAUUGUUUCCGUAGUGCUGUCCUUGAUAUCACUGGCCAUCUGCAGGAAUCGUUUUCAGCUGACCCCCAG